GCUUGUAAUCUGUGACAGCGUGUAAGAAAAUGGGUUAUGUUAUAAUAUUAAAAAUUACGGUAAUGUGGAACUUUACCUAUUUUGUGAAUUAAAUUACACGUUAAAUAAUAUAAAAUGGAUUUGCCUCCGCCGCCACAAGACACAGAGUUAAGGAAUAUUAUUGAUAAACUUGCUCAAUUUGUCGCUAGAAAUGGGCCCGAAUUUGAACAGAUGACCAAAAAUAAACAAAAGGGUAAUCCGAAAUUUCAAUUUUUGUACGGCGGAGAAUACUUCAAUUACUAUCAGUACAAAGUAACCACAGAGCAAGCGAUUUUUAAACAGCAGCAACAUUCUCAGCAUUUGAUGGGCACCGAGCAAGGUAGCGACUGGAAUGCACAGGCUCCUGUUGUUGAACCACCACAAAAUGCGGAAACUGAGCAUAUAACGCAGCAACAAGAUGCCCUACGCGAGCAAAUAAAACAAAGUGAACAUAAUUUGACAGCUCAACAUACUGUGUUACUGCAACAGCAACAGGCAUCAGUGGAAGCAGCAGUUGCCAAGUGUGAAGCAGCAGACUUACAAAAAGACGCAGAAGAAUGUGAAAUUGUUUUAUCAGAAUUGUAUGCGAUACUGCAACCUAUAAUUGAUACAUGUACAAAAGACAGCAUUAGCAAUGGUAAAUCUUGGUUUCUUCAACAUGCAGAUAAUAAGCAAAAGGCAAACUGUAUUGUGGAAGCUCUAUUGUACAAAGUCCUGCAGUCAAGUACUUUUCCCCAGAAAUUACAUAUAAUAUAUUUGGUUAAUGAUCUCUUACAUCAUAGUGCAAGAAAACAUGCUAAUGAUUUAAAGGACGCAUUAGAGGUGGUUGUAGUUCCCAUGUUUUGUAAUGCUAGUAUAGCAGCAACAGAAGAACAAAGAUUAAAACUGGAUAAAUUGUUGAAGUUGUGGGAAUCCAAAGCCAAUUACGUUAAAAGUGAAACUCUUGAUAAGUUGAGGAAUCCUAUCCAAAGUUAUCAACAAUAUCAGUCAGAUCAAAUGGCAAAGUAUGCCACGGAAGUAGCUGCUUUAGCAGAACAAACAAAACAAACAUUUGACAAUUAUCAAGCACAACAUCAAGCCUUUGUUUGCCAUGCCAUGCAACAAAUAAUGGAUCUAGAGCAGCAAAAGCAAAAUUUAGAAUCACAGCAUCAGCAGACUGUUCCACCACCGCCAGUACAGAGUAAUUCAAAUAUAAUUCCCCUUGAAACUAUUCAAGCAAGUUUGCAGCAAACUAUUCAAAGUCUUAGUCAUCCAAAUAAAAGUUCUAUUAAUACCAAUACCGCUCCUACUACUCAGACAUUUCCAAUUCAAACUAUUACUAGUCAGACCAUCAAUGACAAUUUUUUCCAAAUAAACCCUAGUGUUCCACCACCACCAAUAAACCUUCCAGCACCAUUGAACACUAUUCCUCCUGCCUCUGUGGAUCAAUUUCAAAUAAAUCCUAAUACUAUAAACCAACUUCCUCCCCAUGAUAUAUCCCAACAUCCCCCAUCUAAUGGAAUUGAACCACAAUUUACUCAACCACCUCCUGGUUACUUUCCACCACCUGGUAUGUUCCCGGACUUUUCAAAGCCUCCCCCAGGAUUUGUAUCGAAAAAUGAAGUAUUUCUAGAAGAAUUGAUGCCUACCGCACCUUAUUAUGAUUUACCCGCUGGGUUAAUGGUACCUUUAGUCAAAUUGGAGGAUACUGUUUAUAAGCCACUGGACCCAAAAGAUAUUAGAUUACCACCACCAGCACCUCCCAGUGAUCGUCUCCUUGCAGCAGUUGAUGCCUUUUAUUCUCUUCCAAGUCAUGAAAGGCCAAGAGAUAAUGAAGGUUGGGAAAAAUUAGGACUUUAUGAGUAUUACAAAGCAAAGAGUGUAGCGAAGAAAGAGAAGGACGAUGCGAUUAAGGCUGGCGUGAGAGAGAAAUCAAGAACACCUUCACCAAUUAUAAUGAAGCCAGAAAAGGAGAACACACCACCAAAGAGGAGAUACAGAAGUAAGUCACCUACUCCUCCUCCUCCACAGCAUCGAAGUAGAAACAGAAGAUCGAGAAGUAGGUCCCGGUCAAGGAGUAGAUCACGCAGUCCUAGAAGAAGAAAGACUAGAGAGUCUCGGGAGAGUAGGGAAAAUAGAAGGCGAAGAAGUUAUUCCAGGUCACGGUCAAGGUCACCGCCUCCAAGGAGAUCUGUUUCACCGCCUGGCUUUGGAGGUACUCCAUUUAUGCGAGGCGAUAUGCAAGAGUUGGAUUCUUCCAACAAGGGUCAUCAAAUGUUGCGUAAAAUGGGUUGGGGCGGAAGUGGCUUAGGUGCUAACGAACAAGGGAUAGAUGCGCCUAUUGCAGGAGGUGAUGUCCGUGAUCGUCAGGAUCAAUUCAAAGGUGUCGGUUGUAAUUUGAAUGAUCCCUAUGAGAACUUCAGAAAAAAUAAGGGUGCGGCUUUUAUUACUAGAAUGAAGGCGCGUGCAGAGGAGCGUGAGAAAGAAUGUAAGUCGAAACAGGAUUACUGAUUGCGAUUGUCCGUGUUUAAGUUAGUUUAUUUUGUGGAUAAGUUGAUUGUGGCUUUUUUAACAAUUUAGUUAUAUUUAACACAAUUUGAGUCCCUUUGUAAAUUGGUAUGUGUAUUAUAUUUCCUUGGACCUGUACAGACUGAUAGAGUAAGUGGUUAGUAUCGUUACUAAUGAUUGAAAUACAAUUUUAAAAAUAGGUUUGUCUGUAUUUUUUUGCGAGUUUCCCUUAAAGAAAAAAACGUCAAUAUUUAGUUAUAAUUUUAAUCAGUCGCGAGAAUUACUAACAAAUCCAUCCAAAAAACACGGCAAGUAAACAAAAUCGAAAUUUUGUACAAGGGGUGUUUUAAUAAAAUGUGAAUUUCAGAGCAAAGUGAGUCUUGGAGCUGCGUCAAAAUGAAUUAUUUUUAAUCAAAAAUAAUUUCAACGUCCAAGGGCAAAAUCUAAACCAAAUUAUCGAGUUUGUGAACUGGUUACGAGUUGUAUCUUUUUUGUCCUUUAAACGUUAACAAAUACAAUAACAUUUAAUUAAUUUCGUUUUCGAAAUUAAAUUUUGCAAGAUCUGCCCCACUAACUGUAAUUAAAUUAAAUAAAAUUCCCUGAGUUUGGUAAAAAAGUAAAUGUUGCAUUUAAUGUUUUAAAAAGUUUUGCAAUAUUCUGCUAUUAUAAUAAUUAUAAUAUUAAAAACACGCUCUAGCGGUAUCGCUAAGUAUUAGACGAAUCACGGUGAGAUGAUUGUUUUUGGCGCUGAAGAUGGGUUUGAUGGAGCAAUAAAUAAAUGCUCAUUCAAACGAAACCAUAUUUUUUAAAAUCAGUCGCUUAGAAGUUGCAGUUAAUCGUUAGUUUACCAAAAUUUAAACUUUAAAAAUGGUUUUAGAGUAAAAUCGCUUUCAAGUUUUGGCGGUUACGCCACUGCGAGAUCAUCUUGGAAGUAUAAAUUUUUCUCUCUCUUCGGUUACUAGUCUAUCAAUUGCAAAUAAAAAUAUAUAUGACUGAAAAAUCAAGGAUAUUUUGGGUUAUUUUUGUUUUUCGAUAUAUUUCAAUUUAAACAUUUUAAACAAAAGAAAAUGAAUUCAUGUAUGCAGCGUUCGAUCGAACUACAAGAAUAUAUUAAAAUAUUGAAGACAAUAAUUGAUGCCGUUAAAAGGUUAACAAUGCCGUUUAUCGUGCUUUCACAGAUAAAUGGUUUUGGCGUUAUAAUUUCAAUAAAAGGGGAUGUCACUUGCAGUUCGUAAAUUUAUAUUAGCAAAGGUAUAGGCAAGGAAAAGAUAAUACGCAGUUAGGAAUGAGUUCUCAUAGGUAUACAAAAGUCCCAAAAUAAUUUUAAAAAUAUUGUUAAACCCGUUAUUUAGGUGACAGUGGUACAAUAUAAAUCUGUAUGU